CAUUAUCUGCACAGCUCCCAGCAUCCUAGUGACGCAGGAAUGAAAGAAAAAAACAUCACAGCAUCAGGACACUAAUCCCAGCAAGAUCCAGAGGAUCCACGACUCAGCAUCAGGACCACAGGACACCUGACCCAGCAGAGACCAUCAGGACUGAGCAUCAGGUGCAUCAGGACCAAGGACAGCCACAACAAGGCCUGAGUUAUGACCAGGGAGGACCCACUGGAUUGUGCGGCGGCGGAGAACAAACGUCCCAUUGACUUUCAAAGCCCUAUCCUAGAGAAACGGAAAAGACCAGUGGUUCAUCCCUCAGCCCCGGCUCCUCUUCCUAAAGAUUAUGCUUUCACAUUCUUCGAUCCCAAUGACCCUGCAUGCCAGGAAAUCUUGUUGGAUCCCCAAACUAGUAUUCCUGAACUCUUUGCGAUCAUCCGCCAAUGGGUGCCACAGGUCCAGCACAAGAUAGAUGUUAUUGGCAGUGAGAUAUUGAAACGGGGCUGCCAUGUGAAUGACAGGGAUGGACUAACAGACAUGACCUUAUUGCACUAUGCAUGUAAAGCUGGUGCGCAUGGUGUAGGAGACCCUGCGGCUGCCGUACGACUGGCAAAUCAGCUCCUUCAACUGGGGGCAGACGUGACCCUGCGCAGCCGCUGGACCAACAUGAACGCCCUGCACUAUGCUGCCUAUUUCGAUGUCCCCGAACUGUUACGCAUCUUACUGAAAGCGUCAAGGCCUAAAGUGCUCAAUUCCACCUGCAGCGACUUCAACCAUGGAACCGCCGUGCACAUUGCGGCCUCUAAUCUGUGCCUGGGGGCUGUUAAGUGUCUCCUGGAGCACGGAGCCAACCCCUCAGUAAGGAACAGUAAAGGCCAGGUCCCAUCGGAUGUGGUCCCUGACCCUAUGGAUAUGGGACUGGACAAGGCUGAGGCAGCCAUGAUUGCUAAGGAACUGAAACAGCUGCUUCUGGAUGCUGUGCCCUUGACGUGCAACCUGCCUAAGGUCACACUGCCAAACUAUGACAACAUCCCUGGUAACCUGAUGCUGGCAUCUCUUGGUCUGCGGCUAGGUGACCGUGUACUGCUGGACUCGGAAAAGGCUGGCACACUACGGUUCUGUGGCACUACUGAGUUUGCCAGUGGUCAGUGGGUUGGAGUAGAGCUGGAUGAGCCAGAUGGCAAAAAUGAUGGCAGCGUGGGAGGCAUCCGCUACUUCAUCUGUCCCCCCAAACACGGAAUCUUUGCUUCAGUGUCCAAAAUCAGUAAAGCUCCAGACCCUGCGCCAUCCUCAGUCACCUCAACACCAAAGACCCCAAGGAUGGACUUUUCCAGAGUCACUGGCAAAGGAAAAAAAGAGAAAAAAGCAAUGCAGAAGAAGUCUGUCAGCGUUGGCAGCUUAGACAAAGAGGGGCUUAACAUUGACCUGGGGGACCAGGUGCUUGUAGCUGGACAGAAGCAGGGGGUGAUCCGCUUCUAUGGCAAGACAGACUUUGCACCAGGAUACUGGUUUGGAAUCGAGUUAGAAAAACCUACAGGAAAACAUGAUGGUUCAGUGUUUGGAGUCCGGUAUUUCACCUGCUCCCCAAAACAUGGAGUAUUUGCUCCACCCUCUAGAGUUCAGAGGAUUGGUGGCUCAAAAGAUCCCCCAGGAGAGAACAACAGUGUGAAAAAGGUUCAUCAAGUUACAAUGUCACAACCAAAGCGUAACUUCAACACAGUGCGGACACCAAAAGAACUUGCAUCGGAAAAUUCUCUCUCCAGGUUGCUGUUUUGCUGUUGGUUUCCCUGGCUGCUUCGGGCUGAGAUGCAAUCUUAACCCUUUCUCUCAAUCAGCCCUGCAUCUUCUAAGCCCUGUCAUUUGGAGCCACAGACUUCCGCCUCCUUCUGUCUGUGUCUGCAUCCCUUGACUCCCCAGUGCCUUGUCUAAUGUUCCUCUGAAACGGGGGCCCCUCUGUGUGUCACUGUCUCAUUCAGUGCAAUUAUAAAUGCCGGAGGAGGGGGUAAGGAAGUUCCUGCUAUAUAAUGGUGAAGGUUUUACUUGCUUCCUUCCUUAACAGAACCUUCUAUUGGACAACAAAUGCAGGAACCUACAACACUAUCCAAGCUUUCUCUAGCUGCCAUUCAUUUUCUAUUAAAUGUCUAGAGGUUAAAUUAUAAUAGUUCAUGGGCCUUUAAUCUCUGUAGAAACUCCACAAUAAUGUCCAUAACACUACUUCUAGUCACGAACAUCAAAUAACUGGUCAAUCAUGCUCGUAGGCCUAUCAAGAUCAUACAAGGCUUGUCCAAAUCUCAAGUACUAGUGGCAGACCAUGGCCUUGAAAUUAGUAAUGUCCCUUAGGCCAACAAUGAUCCAACAUAACUUUAUAACUUCUCCUAUCAAUGUAAAUAAAGUCAUCACUAGAAGUGGUUGGAAAUCCAUUCCAUGUGGUCACCACACAGUACUUGAGCAAGACCUAUUGUAUGAUAUUGCUGGGUAAGUGGUUGGAAAACAGUGAAUGUAAUGUAAAGCUAAACCUGAUAAAUGAGAUUUAAUGUAUGUAAAUAGCAUGCCCGAGCUCCACGGUAUCCAUUUCCUAUAAUCUAUUCUGUAUACAUCUCUAUAGCUCUAGGGUACCCUCUAGGACAUUGACCUUUUAUUGCCAGUCACCACACACUAUGUCAAUGUGUCGUAUUACAAGGACACCAAUUGGGUUGUCCAAGGAUGAUGGGAGAAAUUACGUCACAUUGAAAAUUAUUUUGUCAUCAUCACAUACAUAGUCUUCCUUUGUUCAAUGAAUCUCUCCAAUUGAGAUUUGUGAUAGUCAAAGAACGACCAUAGUCACCAGUGUCUUACUGUUGCCCUGUCAGUUCAGUUUUGUAUUUCUGCCUUUACUUUAUGAUGCCUUAAUGGUUAUUCCCCUUGCAAUAGUCUGAAUAGUCUUGUCUUAAAUUGUCAAUUGUAUCUAGGCUUAUGGUUUUUGUCAUAGGGUAACAUUUGCUGACUUAUCCUAUUAUCCCUAUAUUAAAACCAUGAUGUCUCAGUAUCUUCCAGUCCUCCUUGGUAAAAGUCUUAUGUUAAUACUUGUCUACUAUAGUUUGUCUAUACUCAUAUCAUGGCUCAGUUUCUUCUAGAGUAGUAGGUGGUCUACUCCUUAUUUUUCUUAUUCAUGUCCUAAUUUCCUAUUUAUGAUCCUAGUCUUAGGCUUGAACAUCUUGAUUGUUUUAUAGCCCCUUGUCUUUGGUUGUUGAUAUUGAUGCCUCUUCUUUUCCACUUAUAAAGCUUCCAUGCCUUUGGUUGAUGUUUUUAUAUAUUUUCAUACCUCCUAUUUGGUUCUUCUCAUCAUCCUAUCUCUUAACUGGGAUGUCCAAUUUCUUCCUAUCAUCUUCCAUUGUCUUGUUUCAAUAAUUUUUUACUCUCUUCGGUGAAUUGGGUCAAUGUUCUAAGUCCCAUGUGGCAUGUGAUCAAGACAUUGCCCAUUGGAUUUGUUUUUCCAAUCCUGUCUAUUACCCCAUGUAUAACUAUUCACUGCAUGCAGCCCCCUCCUCUGUACAUAGUAGCAUGGGGUAUUCUGUGUGCUGUGAGUAUCUCUGUACAUUGUGCUAAAUAUUAGCCAGCACAACCCCACCCGGGGCUCACUGAACGAUUCAGAGAGGAACAUACACAGUCUGUGGAGCGUAUAUACCGAUGGCAGCAUAUAUAGACACACAAUACAUAACCAUAUGGACUGACAUAGCGUACACAAUACAUGCACAGUAGCAGUGAUCUGUAUAGUAAUAUAUAUUCAUACAGUUAGAGUGACUACCUGUAUACAGAUAUACUGUCACAUAUAAAUGUGGAGGUAUAUAGGACACCUUUGUGAGGAUGUGUUUUAUUAUAUGACCCCCGGGGGGGACAUCACUGAUUCUAUCAUAUAGCGGACCCAACAUAUUUCCCUUGAAACAUGUUCUGGGGCCCCUUUCCUGUAACCGUGCGUAAAAUCUUGUGAUCUGCCUGUAACUUGUGGUCUUACUAACACUGUAUACGGGAGACGUGGAUGUAUGUCAGAUAAUAAACCGAUUACUGAACUACU